GAGCACGAAUUAAUGAAUAUCGCAGUUUGUUUUCUGUUGUCGUAAAAGUAGGUUUGAGGGGAUGAGGAAGGUGCAGCUUUUCAUUGGCUUCACUGAAUGUUGGAGUAAUGGUUCUGCGGACAGAAGGUUUGUUUUGGCAAGGUUUAAAAACUGAAGGGGAGAGAGAGAGAGAGAGGGGGCGAGAGCGCGCAGUGUAUCAGCAGCAGAGCAGCCUCACAAACGCACUCUGUGCUGGUCCACAGAAACAGCCUCAGUGUUUUCAUUUUUCCCUGGGAGGGCGGAGGAAGCAAAAAAGAACACGAAGCCGGCGACCCUGGUUGUAAAAUGUCGACUCUCGAGAAGGCCAGAGGCAGAAAAGUUGCAUCGCAGCUUGGUAAGGUUGAUCCCCCAAGUACUCACAGCUUUAAGGAGAAAGUAUUUAAGAAGAGAAAGAACUGUGCAGUGUGCAAACAACCAAUCACAUCGCAGGGAAUCUUAUGUCGUGUCUGCAAGUUAGCAAGUCACAAGAAAUGUGAGCCCAAGGUAACGAGCAUCUGUGUGCCUCCAGCUCCACGGAGCCUGGAACUGCCAAGAAAGGGUACUGGAACCGUAAAGAAUAUUGAGCAUUUGGGGUCAACAAAGUCUUUGAAAAGCACCCAUCAAAGAAGCACCCUGCCAAGGAGCUUCAGUGUGGACCACGUCAUGGAGCGAAACUACGACUUUGACCUGACGUACAUCACGGAGCGGAUUAUUUCAGUCUUCUUCCCACCAGUGCUUGAGGAGCAACGAUACCGCAACAAUCUGAAGGAGGUGGCCCAGAUGCUGAAAUCCAAACACGGAGACAGUUACUUGCUUUUUAAUCUCUCCGAAAAGAGACAAGACAUUAGCAGACUCAACCCCAAGGUUCAUGACUUUGGCUGGCCUGAUUUUCAUGCCCCUCCCUUGGACAAGAUCUGUGCCAUCUGCAAAGCCAUGGAGAUGUGGCUGAACUCGGACUCCCAUCAUGUAGUGGUUCUCCACUGCAAGGGCAACAAGGGUCGAACAGGAGUGAUCAUUGCAGCAUACAUGCAUUACAGCAAGAUCUCUGCAGGGGCUGACCAGGCUCUCAGCACACUUGCUAUGAGGAAAUUCUGUGAGGACAAAGUGGCUCCUGCAAUACAGCCUUCGCAGACCAGGUACAUUUAUUACUUCAGCGGCCUGUUGUCUGGAGCAAUCAAAAUGAACAGCAUGCCCCUGUUCCUCCAUCAUGUCGUUAUCCCUGCUAUUCCAAGCUUCGAGCCUCAUGGAGGAUACCACCCAUUUCUGAAGAUUUAUCAGUCAAUGCAACUUGUCUACACAUCAGGAAUCUACAGUGUCCAAGGCCCUGGGUGUAAGAAGCUGUGCAUCUCCAUCGAGCCAGCCUUACUGCUGAAGGGAGACAUCAUGGUGAAAUGUUACCAUAAGCAAUACAAAAACCCGGAGCGUGACGUUGUUUUCCGAGUACAGUUCCAUACUUGUGCUAUCCAUGGCACCCAGCUCUGGUUUGGAAAGGAUGAACUGGAUGAUGCUUACGGAGACGACAGAUUUCCACGAGAUGCUGCAGUGGAGUUCAUUUUUUCUUCAGGUCCAGAAAAAACAAAAGAUGGAGACCAUUUGAAGAAUGACUCUACCGUGACUGUAGAUUACAACACAUCUGAUCCCACUGUCAGAUGGGAUUCUUAUGAGAACUUCAACCUUCACCAUGAGGAUGGCUUGGAAGAAGUACUACAUACACGAGGUCCACUAGAUGGAAGUCUUUAUGCCAAAGUGAAGAAGAGAAGUCCCAGCACUGGCACUACUAAUGGCAGCCCAUUAAGUGUGGUGUCAGUCCAUUGCGGGCACACCUUGUCUGUCAGCACGGAUUCGGGUCACUCCACUGCUUCGAUAAAGACGGAAGAGCAAAGUAUCAGUACAAGGCCUGCACCAUCGCAAGUAGAAAAGGAGCAGUUGGAUCAGCUCCUCAGUGGGUUUGGCAUGGCUGCAGUGAAGAACACACACAGUGUGACUGCACAGCCUGGGUCAUCUUUGCAGAGCCGUGCCAACGGGCGACCUGUCACCAAUGACAGGGAGACAGACAUCCUGGAUGAUGAUGACGCUUGUGAGAUGAAUCGGUUUGCCACUUUACCAAGGAACAUUCAUCAUGCUAAUCAUCCUUAUCCUUUCAAAGCCAACCACCACUCGCCAGAGCGCAGAAUACCUGGAUAUAGUCACAGUCCCGAUGGGAUUCGAAAUGAUAUGUAUUAUAGGCCUGACCUAACAUUGGAUCAAAGACGGCCCAUGUAUGAAAGGAACGUGCCACAAUUGAAUGACAUCGGGCUGGAGGGCAGGUCACAUGAUUCUUAUGACCAUGUGAAAAACAUAGAUAGCAUUCACCACCAGGCUGCAAUGUUGGAAAGAAUGAACUACCAAAGGCCAUGCAAUGAAAUACUUCAAGUUUAUCCAUCUGUGUUCCAUCAGUAUCCUUGCUCAGAGAGAUUGCAUCAAGGUCCUAUCCACCGAGUAAGGCAUCGAGAUGAUGCCCAGAGAGAUCAUGACCUGAAAACAAACAGGAACCGCCUGCUGGACUACCGUCAGGUGGAAGAUCUCCUUGAUGGUCAGCACGUCCAGUUUCUUGAACAAGACACUUCUGAGAUUAUAUCUCAUGGAUGUGCUUGUCGGAACUGUUCCUUAAAGAUGUCAGAGGAAGAGAUCGAGAGAUCAGCAGCAUCAUUUAGUACACUCAAGCUGGAUCAUGAUUCCUUGUACCAGCACCCUCGACCUCCGGACCCAGACAUGUGGCAGCAUGAGCAUUUGAAGUCGCAUUUGGUAAACCACCCAAUAAGAAAUGGUCAGGCACCCCCACCAGUUCCCAUGCUGAUGUCUGAGCAUUCAUAUAGCCAGUACCCAAGAGGACAUGGAUACAACCCAUUCAGUUAUAACCACGUACAUACCAAUAUGCCAAUUCCAGCACCAAUAGCACACACUUAUCCCUCACAGAUUCCAGCCUCCUCUUGUGGACAGCUUCAGAGAGGUAUGGAAGGAUCUCCUGAAUCGGUUGCACAUUUCCUAAGGUAUCCGGAAUUGAAGUACAGCCCAGAUUAUCAACAACACUCACACUGUGGGUGUCCAUACAACCAUUAUCAAGAGCAACACUGUGCCAACAGGAACUAUGAAGGCUUCCCAGGUAGUCCACUCAUGUCGUCUUCAGUGCUGGGGCCUCCUGCUCAAAGCCCACAGGGGUCUGGUUCGACAUUGCCAGGUGCUGUUAGUUUAUCUCCUCUUUCAUCAGGAAGGCCAAGUAUCUGUGACCAAACAGCAAGAACAGCAAACGAAGAUCACCAAAUCAGAGAAGCCACUGUUCCACACCACUCUUCUGAAGUACAACUCAGUCCUGAUCCAGGAUCACGUGGGAAAGAAACUUCUGUGUCCCAGAGUUCUGCGGAAAUUGAGAUUGCUGAGAUUCAGCGACAACACCAUCGAGAAGGCACGGUAAUCUGUACAUCUGUAUUGAAUGUAACUGAACCUUCGCCCCCUGAAUGCACAAGCAGCCCUGCAUUUAAUACUGAAAGCAUAGGGAUACUGGAGGGCGGACAUGCAACACCAGUCCAACCAUCGAUGGUUCCCGAAACACAAGGUACAACUCCACCUGGAACAGAAGCAAACCUUCAACCCCCUGUCUCUCCUGUGUCAGGGAGAAGUGGCUCGUCUGUCGGUUGUCAAAGAAAUGAGAGCCCUGGAAGGCCAGGAGACCAACUGCCAAGCAACCAGCAGGUGACUGACAUGGAGACCAGUGCAGUGCCAGUUACCCCUGGGAGCUCGCACCAAGUACUCACUGUCGAUACUCAGUUAAACGUCAACCAAAGUAAAAGGCUAGACAGCUCCAAUGGCCCUUUCUCUACCUGCAGCCCAGUGUUCAAGGGUCAUCCCAUUGAGAGUUUCUCCGACCACUAUAUCGCCAACACGCCUGGGAGUUCAACCUUUAUCAGAUGUCCAGCGAACAGUGCCUUAAGUGUCCCAUGUUUUAUGAACCCCUCAGUGCAGCAUCCAUUGAUACUGCCAGAUAUGGUUGCUCCUCAGUCCUGCCAAGGGAGCCCGGAUUCACAAGCCCCUCCAACUCCCGCCUUCCCAGUUUCCACACCCUACUAUACUCCCUUCUCGCCUGCCGAAGUGUUCACCUACCAAUCGGGCAGUCCGGGGGGCCUCCAGCAGCCACCACUGCCAGAGAAACGACGCCUGUCUGCCAGCCAAGGAUUGAGCAAUGGAAGAUCGUUCUCUCCGACGUUAAGAGGUCUUCAUCAGGCUCCCAGUGAAAACACUACACAUCAUGUGACCUUCUCACCCACCACUUUGGACUUCUCAAUGUCAUCGUUGACAGAUGGACAUCAGGAAAACCAGAUCAGUGCCAAGUUUGUCCAGGACACCUCAAAGUUUUGGUAUAAACCGAACAUCUCCAGAGAUCAAGCAAUUGCCCUCCUGAAAGAUUGUGAGCCAGGCUCCUUUCUCAUUCGUGACAGCAAUUCUUUCCAGGGAGCUUAUGGCCUUGCCCUCAAAGUAGUGACACCUCCAGCUAACCUCAGCUCACACAGCACUAAAGGUGAUCCCAAUGAGCUGCUGGUCAGGCAUUUCCUCAUUGAGACAGGCCCGAAAGGAGUGAAGAUCAAGGGUUGCCAGAAUGAGCCUCACUUUGGUAGCCUAUCGGCCCUGGUUUAUCAGCACUCCAUCACGCCUAUCUCCCUGCCCUACAAGCUGAAGAUUCCAAACAAAGAUCCCAUGGAUGAAACCCAGGAUAAUGUUGUUCCUGGCAACACCAGUACUGCUGCAGAGUUGCUUAAACAAGGAGCAGCUUGCAAUGUGCUGUAUAUCAAUUCGGUGGAGACAGAAUCCUUGACUGGGCCACAAGCAGUUGCCAAAGCAACCAUGCAGACUUUUGCCAUGAAGCCUCGGCCUACUGCUACCGUGGUACACUUCAAAGUUUCAGUCCAGGGCAUCACCUUAACAGACAGCCAACGAAAGAUUUUUUUCAGACGCCACUAUCCAGUCAACACAGUUACGUUCUGUAAUCUAGAUCCACAUGAUCGAAGGUGGACCAACGCAGAUGGUACAACAUCAAAAAUGUUUGGCUUUGUGGCAAAGAAGCAGGGCAGCACAUCAGAUAAUGUCUGCCAUCUUUUUGCUGAGCUCGACCCAGAACAGCCUGCAUCAGCCAUUGUGAAUUUCAUCACCAAAGUCAUGCUGGGACCCCAGAAGAGAUGAAGCCUUGAUUCAAAGAGGAGUCAAGAAAGUCAAGAGAACGAACUGGUAAAGGAAGAUGGAUGGCUACUUCUGUCUCAUCACUGUGAUCAGAAAUAAAAGAAAUGAACUUCCUUUAAAUCAAAACAUUUUUAAAAGCACAAAAGAAAAUAUCUUUCUCUGUUUCAGUUCAGCCAGACCUUGCAAUAGCAUCUAUCUAAAUAUUCCAAUGACAGGAGAUUCCAUUAAUAUCAGUUGAGAGUUGAUUGCUCUCAGGUCAGGAAAGGACAGCUGUAAGAAGGGCUUGACUUCAUUUGCAAUCUUGUUUUCCCUCAGAAAACAUCAAGCCUUUGGGAAUAAUGACAAAUCAUCACAAGGUAUGUUGCCUGCUUUGAAUGGCGGUAAUGCUAUGGUUUGAUGGGGAUUUUUUAAAGUCCUUGUUAUAGUGCAGAAGCUUGGUCACUGACUGAUGCAGCCUCUGAACAUUAUAAAGUGUGAGAAAUGGAGAUAGGAGCUGACAGUGAGAAAGCGUAUUCUCAGGCAAUUAAAGGAUAGUGGGUGACUCUCGUUUGGCAUCAAUAGAUUCAGGUUUGUAAAAUCAAGAGUACAAUAUUAUAGAUACAGCAGACCCAAAAAGAUACUAAAUCUUGCCCCAGCAGAUCAUUGGUAUUGUUCUCCAAGUGUACGUUAACAGGCUCCCAGUUUACAACAUAAAGAGUCCUUUCAGUGAGAUAUCAUUAUCAGCCCCACACUGGUCUAACAGUGAGAUCACUCAAGGAAAGGUGCCAGGAAGACAGAGUGAAACUGAUGAUAAUUCAGUGCAACAUACCUGAUGUAACAGUCAAAUAUAACACAUAUGGCAUUCCUUAGUGAGAACCAUAGGACAGGCCAACUCCUAAAAUUCAUUUAAUUGAAUUAGUCCAACACUGUAACACUUCAGUCGGGUCAAAGCUAAUUCCUGGACGUUUUUCUUAACAAAUGCAUUGAUACAGAUUUCUGCAAACUAAAGGGUGCACUUAACCAGCAGGGCUCAUUGAGUCUGUGGGAUACUAAACUCAAGAUGGACCCAGAUGAGGCCUGUGUGCUGAGUUCACCUGAGGGAUUAGGUGAGGAGGGCAGCAGAUAAAGCUGACUGGUGUGUGAACAUUUGCUGGAAUACACCCAUAACAAAUGGACACUUAGACAGGUAAGAUAUAGCACCUCCCCAGUGUGGAACAUUAUUUCAGUGUAAAGUCACUACCAGACAGCAGGCAAGACAGCAAAUCAGAACGGGAAAUAGCAGCAUAGGAAACAAUCAAAUAUUUCUCCUCCAUAUAUCUUUGCACCAUAAUGCAACAUGUAAUGGCAGAAAACAGAAAGCAAAUGGCAUUUUUACACAGAAGUUAAUUAGGCCUACCUCUGAAUUGACUGUAUUUUGCCAACACUGAUUACAAUGGACCGAAUUGUCUCAUUUGGUGCUGUAUCAUAUGGGAUUUACUGUCCCGAGAAUUGAAAGUAAGAAAAUUGGCCAACAGGGGCGGCACGGUGGCUCAGUGGUUAGCACUGCAGCCUCACAGCACCAGGGGCCUGAGUUCGAUUCCAGCCUCGGGCAACUGUCUGUGUGGAGUUUGCACAUUCUCCCUGUGUCUGCGUGGGUUUCCUCCGGGUGCUCCGGUUUCCUCCCACAGUCCAAAGAUGUGCAGGUUCGGUGGAUCAGCCAUGCUAAAUUGCCCAUAGUGUUCAAGGGUGUGUGGGUUAUAGGGGAAUGGGUCUGGGUGGGAUGCUUCAAGGGGCAGUGUGGCCUUGUUGGGCUGAAGGGCCUGUUUCCACACUGUAGGGAAUCUAAUCUAAUCUAAUCUUGAUUUGCUUUGUGAGAAUAGCUGGUGUUCUGGGCUAUUGGAAGUCUAUAACUGGAUUUGACAUUGUUUGUGUCCAGUUGCCUUCAAUAGGACAGUAGUCUUGGCAAACAUAAUGGAGUUGCCAGAGAUAGCAAGAACUACAGUCUGAGAUGACACAGUGUGGAGCUGGAGGAGCACAACAGCCAGGCAGCAUCAGAGGAACAGGAAAGUUGACGUUUCGGGUCAGGGCCCUUCUUCAGCAGUAACCAGCACCUUAUCUAUAGGAAUUAAUGUUUUCAAAUUGGUUUUCAGGGUCCUUCCUGAAAUCUAGACACUUAAACUCAGCUCACCAAAGCAAAUAUCCAUGUAAUUCAGGCUUGUAACUGGACGUGUUAUCAUGCUUUCCAACUUAAUCUUAGCGCAAGGGUGGCAUUCUCAUUUCUGAAUGCAACCUCUUUUGCAACUGUAGAUGCACUUAUCUCUUAAUACUUAUUCACUGGCUUGUUCUAGACUAACCAAAUUUGCUGAUGUUCUGAUGCCAACCCAAACCUUUAAGAGUCUGAAGAAGCGAAGUUGCCUGUCCCCUGUAGCGUGUUUUCAUUUUCAGAAGAUUUGCCAGAUGUAAGACAGUUGGUUAUUCAGGGGUUUCGAUUAGUUCCCCACAGCAAAACAUUACAAUCCAACUCCUUGCUCCUGUUCUGCUCCCUCGUCCAGUUCCCCACUAAAGAGGAGAUGCUAGUUUGGCUCCUUGAUAUGCCCAGCAGCUGAGCAAUCUUCUGCAUGUUUUUCAAAAACAUAAUUAUCACCAGCAAGUGUUUUUUUAUUUUCAUAACAACAAGUUAAAGACUUUUGGACAAUAAGCAAAGUUAUUUCUUUGCCAUACAUGUCCCAAUUCAGAUAAAGUAUAUUGACUGGAACUGUAGCUGUUUCUAUCUUCACAGAUGUUUCCUGACCACUGCAGAUUUUCUGUAUUUUCUUUAUUUAUAUAGUCAAAAUUAUUCCCUUUAUCAGGUCACGCUAGUCACAUUCUGAAUUCUUGAGCACCGUACAAAUUAAUCACACUUAGAACCUUAAAUAUGCAAAGAUUGAAACAAAAUAUUUGAGUGAUCCAUUCACUGACUGUAUUUUAGGGCCCUGCCCAUCCUGUGUUGAUCUAAAUGAUGCCUGAAAAUUCUGUCUCAAGUAUUUUUGCACUGAAGUCCCGUGACAGCAUUCCCAAGUCUGGGGUCUAUUAUAUCCUAUAUUCCUUGAGAAGUAUAUCCCUGUGCACUGUGGCUUCAAUGGAUGGCGUUUUGUUGAAAUCAUGUAUUUCGCUUUUUUUUUCGUUGUUUCAUCUGCCAUCUGGAUGGUUAGCUUAUUUUGAUGUCCCAUGGUGAACCAGUGUGACACAUCAGCAGACUAACAGUCAAUGAAAUGUUGGCAUGUGUUGCAUGCUUACAACUGUGACCAUUGCUGCAAGUUGUCUACCAACUUCCCAUAUCCCAUAUCAAAUAAUUAACCUAGACUCUCCAGGUAGUGGCUAGUUUUAUGCUACGGGGCCAUACCCCACUAAGUGUUGCAUUCAGGGGGCUGGUAGCAUAGUAGUAAUGCCAUUGGACCAGUAAGCCAGAGGUCUGACCUAAUGCUUUGCAAACAAAAGUUCUAUUUCCUGCCAGAGCAGCUCAGGACCAUUUAAUUUCAAUACAUUCAUAAAAAUGAAAUCUGUAAUAAAAUGCAAGUCAUUCAUAAUAAUCACAAAACUAGCAGAUUGGUGUGAACAUCUAAUUGACUCACUAAUAUCAUUCAGGAAAGGAAAUCUGCCAUCCUUACCCAGUCUGGCCAUUAUGUGAGUCCAGACCUACAGUGAUGAGGUUGACUGGAGUCAAGCAAACCAUGCAGUUCAAGGGCAAUUGGGUAUGGUCAAUACAGCAGCAUCUGUAUCCCAAGAGGAGAGACAGAGAGAAAAACAUUGUCCAGCCCUAACUGAUUUCAUAUUGAUUCUAUUUAGCCAGUUCAAUGGGCCUACCACUUACUCUCUUAUCAUUGGAUCUUGGAACUAUGAGGAUGUUAGAAAGUGAGGAGAUGGGACCUGAUCUUUUCUCAUGCAGAAGUUCCUAUGUGCCACCCAGUUCUCCUCCUCAGAGCCAAGUAAAUGAAUCUGGAGGGGGUAUGAAUUAGCCUUAGUGAAUAAGAUUGCAGUGAAUAAUUUGGACCAAUUGAGAUAUCCUGUAAAAAUGCUUUGAGUGCUCAGUUGCCUUUACAAUGGUCAUGUGAAGUGUUGUAAGGUUGUAGCAUUGAACAGCACUCAAAGCUCUCAGUUAGUGGUCAGUAUAUAAUAUAUUGUAUGAGUAUGUGUGUCAUAUAUGUAUAUGAAUUUGGUGGCAAAAUGAAAUAUUAUGAAAUCUCAAAGUGGAGUUAUACUGCCUGACAGAUAGUGAGUUAGUGGGAUAGUUGUUGCUGUGCAUACUUUAUUAAUUCUGUAAAUUUAUUUGGACGUAUAGUCAGAUGUCAUUUGCAAACACGGUAGUUUUGAAGUUUUAUAUCUGUGAAUGACAUUUCUAUUGGGGUUGCUGUGAGGAAUCUGAAUUCACGUUCUGUUGUGUCGUGAAGUCAUGGGCAAGACACGGGCUUCUCAGCAACAUGAAGCAGACAACCUUUGACAUUGAGUUAUGUCAGAUUAAUCAGAUUAUACGGUAAAAUAUUUUUAAAGUGUAUUUCACAAGGGGGCGUGGGGAAGGGAGAAGAGCAAGGGACUGAUCAGAGGUGUAACUUAGCUGAAAUCAAUGUAGUGAUAUAGAAACUGCAGUGACCUUUGACUCUCGGCCUUUGACUCAGUCAUCAGUAAAUCACUCUCCCAGCCAUAUUGCCCAAAGUAGUCAUAGUUGUGACCGAGAACAAGAUAUUUAAACUAACGCGUUUCAGUUCCAUCUCAAGUUAAAAGAGAUCAGGAGCAUUUGGUUCAGUAAAGAAAACUUUAAUACUUUUGUCUAUAUCUGACCAAGAACAUAAUCAGUGAAAUCUCUAUUGCAAUGAUAAAGUCAGUCCCAUAAUUUCAAUGUGUCUCUGCUAAAUGGGUUGUAAUCUUUAUGUCUAAUAAUAUAUUCAAACUCCCAGAAGAUUCAACAUACAGGUCUUUAUCUAAGGUUAUCAGUAGACAUGGCGCUUUUCAUAGUUUUGCCUGGAGGGAGGAGGAUAGGCUGAAUAGAAUCGUUGUUGAUGAAGUAAACACAAAGAACUGCAGCUGCUGGGAACCUGAAACAAAAACAGAGAAUGCUGCAGAAAUUAGCUGAUGGAGAGAAAAAAGGAGUUAACAUUCGAGUCCAGUGACCCAGAGGGGUGAAUUAGGGAAUAUGAUUUAUAAUGUACCCAAGGUGAAGCAAACAAAACAACUCGGGCAGGGGGGAGAAGCAACAGUCUGGUUGGAGUGAGGAAGGGACAGACACUCAGUGGGUGCAAGAUUACUGAAAGAGUGGCUCGUUGGAGCCUUCACUGGUUAAGGCUUCACUAUGUCACUGAAGUUGGAAUGUCCUCAUUGUACCUCUCUAACAUAUCGAUUGUAUAUAUCUAGGGAGAGACGCAAGUUGGUAGGGAGGGAGCUUCUGGUAGAAUGCUUGGCAUGAGAAAGAAAGUUCAGCACUCUGAAUUGAUGGUAUGCAGACAAUUUGAUUUCAAAGACAGGCAGAAGAAACUGGCGCAUGGCGACUGGGAUUCUAGAGUUGCUUUGUCAAUCGCUGCCAAGGUUCCUGUCUCUUCUGGACAAUUGUCCAGGGCUCUGAGAAAAAAAAACAGCAAUUCUCCCAAAGAGCAGCCAGUGCUUUCCAAGCUGCGUGACUGCCCCUGUGUUGUGUUAGGGGAGCCGUGUCUAAAUCUCAGAGGCUGAUCAACACAUUGGACAAGGUAGCCAAAAAAGUAUAGAUUUAAACAGCUUUAUGUAUAUUACAUAUUUUAAUCAAAGUCUAUAGUUUUAUUUGUAUAGCUCAGACAUUUAUUUUACCUGAUAAUGGAGAAUUUAUGGGAAAAGCUUUAGUCAAGAACGUAUAAUAUAUUAUACUUAUGCUGUUAUUUACUUUUGUAUUUUAGUGUUUUAUCAAUCCAAUGCCAAGCUAAAGAAAGCUUUGUGUAUUCUUUUGUGUGUAUACCAUGUGUUUGUAUCUUGUCUCCAAGUAUACUACGUCUCUAAAGAAAUGAAAAAUCACAUCUUGUUUUUGCUGUUUGAAUUGGACUCUAAGGGGGCCUUGUUCACAAGCCCUGAAGCUGGUUGUGGAAUGGUCAGGUUGGGUCGAGCCACACACAGCCCAGGAUUUUAAUUUUCCACCCUAUGCUCAGGGAAUUCAGUCCGGGCAGACACCAUAGGCCCCAGCACCCCUCAGCCGAUCAGUUUACCAACUGAUACCUGUCAAUGUUGCCAUGAGAAAUGGUGGUUGGGUCAUGGGGCCGUUGUAGUUUGAUACUGAAGUGACCGUUUAUUCCCAAGUUUUUACCUCUCUAUCCCCUAAAGUGACAGCAUCAUGUUUAAAAGUGUGUGAUUGAAUUCUUAAGAGAAGAUUUCUGCUUUGUAGUAUCAGUGGUGAUAAAACUGUCACAGUAGUACAUCCUGCUGGAAGAUGUGUGACACUGUUGGAAUUUGUUCUAAACAUUUCCCGUGCCAAUUCAGAGUUUAUAAUAAUCUUGUGCUGCAAUGUGUAACAGAAUUUAAUUUGUUAAUAA